GCUCAAAAGGAAGAAAUACAUGGUCCGGUUGGAAGAAGGAUUUGACGUGGAGAAGAUGAUUGACCGGCUGUUGGAAGGGCAUAAUGACCUGAUGACCUUGAAAGAAAUCCUAGCGUCAGCCCCGCGACUCCGCAAUGAACUGAAGGGGAGGUUGUCGCGACGUUUGGUGCCCAAUGUCCAUCUGGGUACGAUUCUGCCCAAGGAGGCAGAAUGGUCAGAGUCAGGCACGAAGAUGGAUUGGAAAUGCGUAGCCUGCGGUACGGUGGAUUUGAUGGUGAAGGGUUCCAAGUGCGCAGCAAUGGUGGACACUGGGGCAGAGAUGAACAUUAUUCGGGAGGCGGACGCGAUCAGAUUCGGGCUAGAUAUAGACCGUUCCGACUGCAGUGUUCUGCAUGGAGCUAACUGUAAGGCCGUGUUUUGCGGGACAGCCUCGAAUGUGCUCGUCGAGGUUGGAAAGGUGAAGGUCAGGGCAUGCUUCUUCAUAAUGCCAGACGUGGACCAUGGAAUCCUCCUGGGGAGAGAUUGGAGGCGGCGGGGGAGCUCCCGGAGCAGCAACAGGAGGGGCAACGAUCAGAGGCAGCAGGAACACUCCCGGGUCAGCCACCCAGCGUACCCGCUAGGACCCCGGAGAUCCCUGAGAUGUGGAGGGACUUCUGGGAGCAGAGAGGAGAGGAGUCCAUCGCCAGUCAGAGCCGGGUUUUGGGUAACCAGGAAGGCGGAAGAGAGGUUAGAUCGUAAAAUCAAGUUCCUGGCCAAGACCACUUUUGACCGGCACUUGUUAUUGGAGGGCGAUCUGACAGGGAAGAAGAUAAAGGAAGUAAGCCAUGGAGUACGCCUGGAGGCUAUGGAGAUGGAAAUUCAGGAACUCAGGACCAUGGUGGCCAGCCAGGCAGCUAUCAUCGAGAGCCUGAGGCAGCAAACCCAGGAAAGGGUGGACAGGCCAGAGAGCAGCAGGCAAAGAGAGCAGAGGCAGCCAGGACAGGGAUUACCAGGACAGCCACCUGCAGCGGAGCCUCGCCAGGAGCCACCUAUGGGGAGAGCUAUCCUGGAGCCAGAGGAGGCGAGAGCCCAGAGACAGGCAGAGAGAGAGGCGUUCGAGUUUAGAGCCCCUACCGAGCUUGCGACGCUGCCAGUAGCGGCGGCAGGCCCAGUCGUACCUUUGGCAGUAGAGGAGGGGCUGCCACCAUCUGGCAGUGAGCCGGCUCAUGGCUCAGCAGAGGGAUCUAUGGGCGUGCUCCUUGAGGCGGUGCAUGAUAUGCAGGAGGAGGUGAGUUUGUUUUCACCUGAGCAGAGGAUGGAGGAGCCUYUUGAGAGAGAGCUGGGGAUUAAGGCGGAGGGUGCCGUAGAGAACAGACUUCAGAGGAUGGGUACACCUGAGUAUGGAUCAGAGGAAGUUGAGGAGCAGCCCACGGCAGUGCCAGGAGGGACACUCGAGAGGAGACCUCAGAGGUUGGACACGCCUGAGUACAUCCCGGCAACAGAGGAAUUGAGAAGCAGACUAGGACCUUGGGCUACUGGAUCUGGGUCUGGGGGACCGGUUCCUGGGACGGAGCGACAGGGGGUUGUUAGUACCUUGGUAGGAUCUCCUUCAUCGCCAUCUCCUCAGCCCAGAAAAAUGAAGUUUAAGAGAAAAGUAGAUCAGCUAUGUUUCUACUGUAAGAGGGACGUGCAUCUGGCUUUGGACUGUCUCGAGUUUCUUAAGGAUAAGGCAGCAGGGAAAGUCUCAGAGGUAGGGGGUAAAAUGUAUGAUAGACAGGCUGAUAAGGCAGCGUAUAAGAUGAGGAAGCGCAGUCCGUCUGUGAAAGUUAUCUAAGUUAUGAUGAGGACCCAUAAGAUGGUCUCUCAGUGAUGUUCUGUUUUGUGAAGGGACCCCCUUAGAUUUUGGAAAUGGGGGGAUGUUUUGUGAUAUUUUGUGAUGUGACGAAACCCCUCGUGACUUUGGAAGAGGGGGUGUUUUGUUUAUAAUGAGGCCCUCAUGAUUUCUGGAAGAGGGAAUGUAUUGUUUUAUGGCGAGAACCCUCGCAAUUUUUUGGAAGAGGGGGUGUUUUUUUAUUUAUGAUGAGAGCCCCUUUUUGGAUUGUUGGAAAGGGGGACUGGUUUUUGGUUGAAAGACUCACCUUUGAAAGUGAGUAAAUUGAUUUAUGGCAUGGUGAGUUGUUUAAUGGAUAGUAAAGUCUGACGAAAAGA